UUAAGGAAACAACUUGAGGGACUAAAGAAAGCCAAGCUCGAUGUGGUCACUCCAGAAGUUGGUGCAAAAACAUUCAAUGAUUUCGAAAUUGACGAAAGAUUGCUCAAGGCAAUCGGUAAUAUGGGUUGGAAAUGGCCGACGCAAGUACAGGAAUCCAUCUUUGGUCUCGCAUUAGAGGAUAAAAAUAUAUUGGCGAGAGCCCGAACGGGAAGCGGCAAGACAGGAGCCUAUUUGAUUCCUAUUAUUAACAAGGCUAUUGGCUACGUUGCAACCGUUUCUGGUGAGUCAAAAGGGCCGUUCGCGCUGUUCAUUGCACCUACGAAAGAGCUUUGCGUACAGAUCAACGACUUGCUGCUAAAAUUGCUUCAACCGUUGCCGUUCUUGCGAUCUCUGAACUUGGCUGACUUGACUUCAGACGAACGAUCUGUUUGGGAAAACGGACUAAAGAAAGCCAAGCUCGAUGUGGUCACUCCAGAAGUUGGUGCAAAAACAUUCAAUGAUUUCGAAAUUGACGAAAGAUUGCUCAAGGCAAUCGGUAAUAUGGGUUGGAAAUGGCCGACGCAAGUACAGGAAUCCAUCUUUGGUCUCGCAUUAGAGGAUAAAAAUAUAUUGGGCUCUGAGAGCGCCGAAUCGAUCAACGACUUGCUGCUAAAAUUGCUUCAACCGUUUGCGGGUUUCUUUGCGAUCUCUGAAACUUUGGCUGACUUGCUUGCAGACGAACGGAUCUGGUGUUGGGGAAACGACACUGCCAACUUUGUCGUGUCAACUCCUGGGAAGAUACUUGAAGUGUUGGCCGUACGCCGACAUUUUUGUGAAGACGUUCGCCAUCUGGUUCUCGACGAAGCCGACCUUCUAUUAUCCUUUGGUUACGAAGACGAAAUGAGUUCCUUGAAAAAAUUUCUCCCAGUGAAGUACCAGUGCAUAUUGACAUCAGCCACUAUCACAGACGAUAUGAGCACGUUAAAGACCCUCUUUAUGACGGGGCCUGUUCUUACGCUCAAAUUGAAGGAAGGAGAUCUCCCAGAUGUGGACCAAUUGACACAGUACCAGAUAACAUGCCUGGACGAUAACGAACGAUUUGCAAUACUUGUUGCGAUGUUUAAAUUACGGCUAAUUGUUGGCAAAACUAUCAUAUUCGUUAAUGAUACCAAUAGAUGUUAUAUGUAA